GUCAAACGUGAGGUCGUACUGUACCGACACGUUGUGUUUGGGCUCCGAAAAAAGGACUUAAAAACAGUGCAAAAUCGUCGUUAAUCGACUUUAAUAGUGUGAAAAACGUGCUCAGGGCACCUGAUUUACCCUUUAAGAGCGUUAUCAAGUGUUUUUAAGGCGAAAAUUCAACAAAAAUCGUGCAUUUGUGUUUGUUGCCUAUGAACCCCCCACCAUGUGUUUGUGUGACAUGGUGUAAAAGCAGAAAAUCGAAAAAAGUGCCCAAAAAGUGCCAGAAUUGCACGAUUUUAGUGUAAACAGUGCAUCUGAGCACGAAAAAAGGUGUUAAGAAGUGAUCCGCGCAUGAAAAAACCACAAAAUUGUGAAAAAAAAGUUUUGCGUCAUCCAGCCCAUACUGGGCCAAGUAAUCGCCGGAUCUGUGUUUUCAGCGAUAUAAUUUGCCCAGAUUCUCGCCGGGUGUGGUUUUUAAGGCCAUCGGGUGGCCAAAGAACGUUCAUCCAGUGAAAACCGAUCGAAAAUCGGCCGUUUGUGACCGAAAAAAAGUGAAAUAAUAUUUAAUAUUAUUCGGUGAACAAAUUUACGAAAAUUCGGUUCCAGGUGAAAUUGGGUGAAAUUGGGUGGGUUGACUGUACGGCCCCUGAUGGCCCCUGAGUUAAGGUGCCGUUACACGAGUAACCAUAGUUUAGGUGACCAUCGACGUGCGGAAAAUUUUUGUGACAUCGGCCUAUUGCGAAUGCUCACCGUGUGUUUGUGUGACGUGGUGCAAAAGAAGAAAUUCGAAAAAAGUGCCCAAAAUGUGCCUGAGUUGCACUAUUUUAGUGUAAACAGUGCAUCUGAGCACGAAAAAAGGUGUUAAGAAGUGAUCCGCGCAUGAAAAAAACCACAAAAUUGUGAAAAUAGUUUUGCGUCAUCCAGCCCAUACUGGGCCAAGUAAUCGCCGGAUCUCUGUUUGCAGGGAUAUAAUUUGCCCAGAUUCUCGCCGGGUGUGGUUUUUAAGGCCAUCGGGUGGCCAAAGAACGUUCAUCCAGUGAAAACCGAUCGAAAAUCGGCCGUUUGUGACCGAAAAAAAGUGAAAUAAUAUUUAAUAUUAUUCGGUGAACAAAUUUACGAAAAUUCGGUUCCAGGUGAAAUUGGGUGGGUUGACUGUACGGCCCCUGACGGCCCCUGAGUUAGGCAUCGGUUGUCAAACGGCCUGACAGCUCGGACGGACCGAUCGUUAAGGUGCCGUUACACGAGUAACCAUAGUUUAGGUGACCAUCGACGGGCGGAAAAUGUUUGUGACAUCGGCCUAUUGCGAAUGCUCACCGUGUGUUUGUGUGACGUGGUGCUAAAGAAGAAAUUCGAAAAGUGCCCAAAAUGUGCCUGAGUUGCACUAUUUUAGUGUAAACAGUGCAUCUGAGCACGAAAAAAGGCAGAGUGCGUCGGGCUGCCAUCAAACCCUCAAGUAGGUGCGCGUUUGUGAAAGCGGCCCUGAAAUCUUUCAGGGAGGGUGAAAUAUUUCACUUUUGAAAUAUUUCAAAAUUUGAAAUUUUUCAACAUUUCAAAAAUCCGUUCUCCAUCGGUUUUCUUGACGAACCUAAAACCGGGGGUCGGUUUCUGACGCCUCGUUGGCGAGAGUGCGGGCGUUAGGCAUAGUGCGUCGGGCUGCCAACAAACCCUCAAGUAGGUGCGCGCAACGUUGAAACCAACAUGUCGGGGCUGGGCGGUGAUGCCCAUCCCCAAGGGAGCUCGGGACGAGUACUUCGCCCGAGGGCUCGAUCGGUGUCCCUCAACCGGGUCGACGCAUUAAAAGUGUCUGACUCAACACCGGUGGAGCCACCACCCACCGCAGGCAUCGUCUACUUGAGUGAUGAUGAAGAAGAAGAAUUGAACUGCACGAUCCUCGCGGGCCCGUCGGGAUUAGCAGUUCCACCAAUGGGGAAGGUGCCAUUGGUAGUGCUGGACAAGUUGCCCAGCCAGAGUCAACAGCGCGAGGAGAUGACGGUACCGGCCACCUCAACACCAAAGGCUGGUAAGUGUUCUUCUGCUGAACCAUCUCUCUCAGAGAUGAACGAGAGCUUGAAGCUCCUGGCCAUGCAGGUUGCUCAGCUCUCAAAGGAGCUUAGCCUCUGCCGUAAGGAGCUCCAGGAAAGUUUGAUGAAAAAUGCGGCGCUUGAACGGGAGCUCGAAACGUACAGGAUGGGCGCCCGUUCGGUCAUCGAGCUGCAGCAGCAAGCAGCAGCAGCCCCAAUGAUGACAGCCCAGGGAGCCCACAGCUCUCGCAACCGUCGCGGUCGCCAAGGACCACAGCAGCAGGAGCAGCGGCAGCAGCAGCAACAGCAUCAGCAGCGGGAACAGCAGCAGCAGCAGCAGCAGCAGCAGCAGCAGCAGCAGCAGCAACAACAACAGCAGCAGCGGAACCAGCAGCGUGAAUGGCAGCAGCAGCAGCAGCAGCAGCAGCAUCAACAGCGAGAACAGCAGCAGCAGCAACGGGUGCAGCAACAGAAUCAGCAGCACCUACGUCAGCAGCAGCAGCAGCAGCAGCAGCGGCAACAGCAACAGCAGCAGGAGCAGCAAGAAUUAUGGACGACGGUAGUGCGCCGCCGUCAAAAUACACAGCAGCAGCAGCAGUCUAACCAACCGCAGCAACAACAACAGCAGACUGGGCGGUAUCAGCCGCCGCAAAUGAGGCAGCAGCUACAGCAGCAACAGCAGCAACGACAGCCACAGCGAUAUGUGGUCGCAGGCUCGUCGCAACAGCAGCAGCAGCAGCAUCAACAGCAGCAGCAGAAGCGUAAGCGUCCUAAGCCCGAACUGAUAGAGAUCUCUCCUGGUCAGAACGAGACUUUCGAGAGCGUCUCCUUGAAAAUCCGUAAAGCCGUUGACGAUAAUGGCACACAUAAGGAGUUAAAGGAUUUCAUCAUCAUGGGCCGGCGCACAGAUAAGGCGUUGCUACGACUGACGCUUGCUAGAUCCGCAAACGCGACCUUAAUUCUCCAGCAGAUCCGAACGAUCAUCGGCGAGGCUGGAACUUGUCGACACGUGACGGAAAUGGCGGCCUUGGUAGUAAACGACAUCGACCCCCUAGCCAAGGAGGAAGAGCUUACAGCUCUCCUUGAAAACAAGAUCGAGGGUGGGGCAGGCAUCGUCUCAACGAGCAUUAGGACAAUGCCGGAUGGCACCCAGCGGGCACGCGUCCGUCUGCCAGCCAAGGCCGCCAAAGCGCUGGAUGGUACGAAGCUUCGCUUGGGCUUCUGCAUUUCCAGAGUGAAGAUGGCUCCUCCAACACCCAAAGAGCAUCUUCGCUGCUACCGAUGCCUUGAGCACGGCCACAACGCCCGCGAUUGUCGGUCACCUGUAGACCGACAAAAUGUUUGCAUCCGUUGCGGACAGGAAGGUCACAAGGCUGGUACAUGCAUGGAAGAAAUACGCUGCGGCAAAUGCGAUGGCCCCCAUGUUAUCGGGGACCGGACAUGCGAUCGGUCGGCCACCCAAUGACGCAGCUAAAAGUCCUCCAAGUGAACCUGGGUGGAGGCAGGAUCGCCCAAGAUCUGGUCCUGCAAACCGCCCGACAAAUGGAAGUGGACGUGCUGGUUCUUUCCCACACGUAUCGACCACCCGAGAACAACCCAAGAUGGGCAGUUGAUGCCUCCAAAAAGGUGGCAGUCGUGGCCACAGGACGAUACCCUCUACAAGGACAAUGGAGCAGUGAUGUUCCAGGCCUUAUAGCUGCCAAGGUGGGUGGCAUCACCUUCCUAAGCUGCUACGCGCCACCCAGCCUGUCGCGGGAAGGAUUUGCGGAAUUCGUUGAAGCAAUUGAAUUGGAAGCCCAAUCCCACCCUCAGGUAGUAGUUGCCGGAGACUUUAACGCUUGGCAUGAGGAGUGGGGAAGCCAACGCAGCAAUGAGCGUGGGGAAGUACUGCUCGAGGCGUCCCAGCAAUUGGGCCUGCUGCUGAUGAAUCGAGGGAAUGUGGCAACCUUUGUUGGAAACGGUGUGGCGACUGCCAGCGUUGUCGACGUGACCUUCGCCAGCUCGUCCAUAGCUCAGCCGAGCACUUGGUUGGUAAGAAACACGGACACGCGAUCUGACCAUAGGUAUAUCACCUAUUCGGUAGGCCCAGCGUCAGCAGACCAGCAGCGUAACCAAGGACAGUCACGUCAACGGGGCCAGCGAGAGCGUUUUCAACAUGCAGGCACGCGAUUUAAGACGAAACAGUUCUCGAAAGAGAAUUUCCUGGCCACGCUACAUGGCGAGGGAUUCCGAGAGAAGGCAGUCAAUCACCAGGGAAUGAUCUCGGCAAUGAUAUCGGCCUGCGAGAAAACCAUGCAAAGGAUGACGUCGUCUUUCCCCGACCCUCAUCGGGACGUUUACUGGUGGACGCCACUGAUUGCUCUGCUUAGGCAGAACUGCGAGCAGACGAGAGAUCGCAUGCAGCAGACAAGUGAUCUCCAGAACCGAAGUCUGGCUGCAGCCCAAUACAGAACAGCUAAAGCUGAGCUGGAUAGAGCUAUACGUGCCAGCAAAAAGGCUGCCUUCCAGGAAUUGAUCGAUGCUGCGGAGGAAAACGUUUUCGGAGCCGGGUACUUAGUAGUCCUCUCCCGUCUUCGCGGUGGAAGGGCCCCACCCGAGACGGAGAGAGCGAGGCUUGAAAGCAUCGUUACAGAGCUUUUCCCGCAACAUCCGCCCUUCAACUGGCCCAGCAUCAGUUCCGAGGAAGAACAGGAACAGCCUGCAGACCAGCAGACUCCAUGGACCCAAGUCACGAUCCCGGAACUCCGUCUGAUAGCUAGCACCAUGCCGAACAAAAAAGCGCCGGGCCUUGACGGAAUUCCGAACGCCGCUGUCAAGGCUGCAAUCCUUGCGUACACGGACGUUUUCCAGGCGUUGUACCAAAGCUGUCUGGAAACGGCUACAUUUCCAGCACCAUGGAAACGACAGCGGUUGGUACUGCUCCCCAAGCCGGGGAAACCACCGGGUAGCAACGGGUCAUACCGACCUUUGUGCAUGCUGGAUGCCUUAGGGAAAGUGCUGGAGAAGCUCAUUCUAAACAGACUUCACAACCACCUGGAAGAUCCUGCUGCGGUGAGGCUGUCAGACAGGCAGCAUGGCUUCCGGAGGGGGCGAUCUACAAUUGGCGCCAUUCGAACAGUGAUCGAGGCUGGUCAGAGCGCGAUGAGAUUCCGCCGCACGAACGGGCGGGAUAACAGGUUCCUGCUGGUCGUGUCAAUGGAUGUCAAGAAUGCCUUCAAUACGGCAAGCUGGCAGGCCAUCGCCACUGCACUGCAGAUGAAAGGAGUACCUGCUGGUCUGCAAAGAAUCGUGAGGAGCUACUUCGAGAACCGAGAGUUGGUCUUCGAGACAUCCGACGGCCCAGUAACUCGGUCCAUCACGGCUGGUGUUCCACAGGGUUCGAUUCUUGGCCCCACCCUGUGGAACACCAUGUACGAUGGAGUUCUGGACGUCGCCCUUCCGCAGGACUGCGAGAUGGUGGCGUAUGCUGACGACUUGGUGCUGCUGAUUCCGGGCAUCGACGUAAAUGCAGUGAAGGCUGCAGCCGAGGAGGCGGUCGCCAGUGUCUCUCACUGGAUGGCUCAACAUCAUCUCCAGAUUGCGCCGGAAAAGACGGAGUGCGUGCUUAUCUCCAGCACGAAGAACCCUACGCAGGUCACCAUAAGAGUAGGGGACGUGGAGGUGACAUCUUCCCGCACGAUGCGUUACCUUGGGGUGACCCUUCACGAUCACCUAUCGUGGCUGCCCCAUGUCCGAGAGGUAACCACUCGGGCAAGGAAGAUAGCAGAUGCCGUUACCCGCCUCUUGCGCAACCACAGUGGACCAAAGACCAGCAAAGCGCGACUGUUGGCCUCGGUCGCAGAGUCGGUCAUCCGAUAUGCUGCGCCCAUCUGGCAUGGCGAGGUGACGAAGAGAGAGUGUCGUCGACUUUUGGAGAGGGUUCAGCGAGUCUCAGCACGGAGGGUGGCACGCACCUUCCGUACCGUAAGGUAUGAGACCGCCACCCUCCUCGCCGGGCUGACCCCCAUCUGUCUCUUGAUAGAGGAGGAUGCGCGAGUGUUCGAGCGUGUUAAUGAUCCGGGUCGGUCGAUAACGAAGGCAGCCAUCCGGUUGGAGGAGAGGCAGCGCACCAUCACGAUGUGGCAGAGCCAAUGGGACGCCGAGGCCGACACCUCCAGAUACACCCGGUGGACGCAUCGGAUAAUCCGCGACAUCAGCGCUUGGCAAGGCCGGAGACACGGGGAGAUGACCUUCCACUUGGCCCAGGUGCUCUCUGGACAUGGGUUCUUCAGAGAGUACCUGGCCAUCAACGGCUUUACGGAAUCCCCUGACUGUCGCAGCUGUGCGGGUGUUCCGGAAAAUGCCCAUCACGCCAUCUUCGAAUGCCCCAGGUUUGCUCGAGUGAGGAUGGAGUACUUUGGUGAACUGGGGCCGAAUCCGGUCACGCCGGACAGUCUUCAGGACUUCCUUAUGGGCAGCCAAGACAACUGGAGCAGCUUCUGUGAGGCGGCACGUCGAAUAACAACAACGCUGCAGCGUGACUGGGACACGGAACGAGAACAGCGGGCUGCUUCCAAUCGUGAGGAAGCUGAAAUACAACAGCAGCUACAGCGAGAGGAAGACGAACGCCGCACUGAAGAACGGCGGCAGCUCCACAAUGAGGCAAAUCGUGCCUACCGCCAGCGCAAUAGGAGAAGUCAACCUACUCCACCAGCUCCACCACCAACACCCAGGGAGGCCGCUCGCCUCGAAGAUGGGCGACGGAGAGUGGCCCGCUGGCGGGAAAGACAACGAAUGAUUCGGAACGGUGGAAUCCAAAUGCUACGAGCGCUGUUCGGCCAUGAUGCCUGGUCGAGCGAAAGUGACGAUGAACCCGAUGACGUCGAGCGAGGCGGACUUGAUGCUGCCCAGCAGGCAGCAGCAGCCGAAGCCGAAAGAGCGGCACGCUAAAGCUAACUUUAGUAAAAAGAACAACGAAAGUGUAAAAAAAAAGAAAGGUGCUUCGGUACAGAUAUAGGGCUCCCCUUAAGGGAAUGAAUUCAGAAGAACAGUUUGGAAAAUAGAAUUUCAACUAAAAUAAACGGAAAGGUGCGAACGCACGGCUAAAAAGUUAGGCUCCCUAUGAGCAUCACGUCCACCCUUAAA